UUCAGAGGUUUUGUCAAUCCCUGUAUUUAUAGUUUUUGAUAACAGUUUUUAAUUUUUUUUAGGUGAUAAUUGUGUAGAACAUAUAAAGUGGUUAUUUAUAUAUUUAAUUGUUAUACAGGUACUACGAAAUAUUAAUAAAAUGUGUUAAGAAAUAUAAACGUAUAUAAAAAACUAUUUUCGUAUUAAACUUAUAUAUAUUAAAUCCAUCAAGUGUUUAAACUUGUAAUUUGGGAGAGCGUCAUAUAUAAAUUGUAGCAUGUUUAGUAUCAGUGAACUUUGCUGCAUGUUUUGUUGUCCGCCUUGUCCCGGACCCAUUGCCGCUAAACUUGCUUUCCAACCACCUGAGCCAACCUAUAAGUUGACUCCGGCUGAUGAUGCUAAUGUGAAGUAUAACUUGCAUCUCUUUGAACGUGCAGAAUGGCAGUAUUCUGAACGUGAUAAGUCGAAAGUUGAAUCAUUUUUCACGCGGACAUCUCGUGGAAACUUAAUUACUUGUAUAUAUGUGCGUUGUAGCAGAAAUGCGAAAUAUACGUUACUAUUCUCUCAUGGGAACGCUGUCGACUUGGGUCAAAUGAGUAGUUUCUAUAUAUCUCUUGGAACACAGCUGAAUUGUAAUAUAUUUGGCUACGAUUACUCUGGCUAUGGAAUGAGUGGUGGGAAACCUUCAGAAAAAAAUUUAUAUGCUGACAUUGAAGCUGCUUGGCAAGCACUUAGAAACAGGUUUAAUAUCAGUCCAGAAACUAUAAUUUUAUACGGUCAAAGUAUUGGUACAGUCCCAACAGUUGAUUUGGCAACAAAGCAUGAAGUUGGAGCAGUAAUUCUUCAUUCUCCACUGAUGUCUGGACUAAGAGUAGUUUUCCGUAACACAAAAAGAACGUGGUUUUUCGAUGCAUUUCCAAGUAUUGAUAAAGUUUCGAAAGUCAAAUCACCAGUUUUAGUAAUACAUGGAACUGACGAUGAGGUCAUAGAUUUUUCACAUGGGAUAGGUAUUUAUGAACGCUGUCCAAAAGCCGUUGAACCUUUGUGGGUCGAGGGUGCUGGUCAUAAUGACGUGGAAUUGCAUUCACAAUACUUUGAGCGGCUUAAACGGUUUUUAACUGUUGAGUUGGUGAAAUGACAAUUAAAGAAUCAACAUGACGUCGGACACAAUAAUUCCGUUCCAGUAGGAAAAUCUAACGAAUUACCUCCAACGUCAUCAUUACUGAAUAAAAAAAACAUAGAAGAUCCUAACAUUUCCACUCCUUCAGGACUAAGCUGCCAAACAAACAGUUUAAAAGACGACAUUGAAGCUUCCACGUCAAGUUCCAUAUCAACCAAACCUUCAAUUGAAAAAUUUCUUUAGCGAAAAAAAUAUAGGUUCUUAUCUUUCUCACAUUCAAUAUUCGAACAUUUUCCAUGGAAUUCAACAGUUGGUUAUAAGAGAAAGCCUGGGACCUAAUUGAAAAUAAUCGAAUACCGUCUUCCACCUUGUGUGUAAAUAUUUUCUGAUACACAAGCAAACCACGGAUGCUAAAAAUUUGGUAGACAACGCUUUGCAUGUCAUGAUUUACUAAAACAUCUGUAUCUAUUGAAAAGUAAUACUAAAAAUCAUAGUAAAUCUAAAUCAUCUUCAUCUCUUAAGAACUUACCAACUUAAGGGCAAUAUAUCGCCUGAUCUCUAAUUUUAAAAAUACAAAUAAAUCUAUAAAUCUAAUGGCAUCAACACUGCCCAGCCAGUUUGAAAGGCAAGUCAUAUUGAAUCUUUAGAUUAUGAAGUAAUGUAAAUGCAUUUCAUUAUAUAAAUUGAAUCAAGAAAAUUAUUAGAAGAAGAAUCUUACAAAUAGUUAGAGAAGUACUUAAGGAUAAGACAAGAUUUCAUUAUUCCAAAACACAAAAAUAUAUUUCCAGCGGAAAUGUAAUGUUUAAUAUUUUUUUAUUCAACUUACUGAUACUGAUAAUAGAGUUAAGGUUAUUUUAAUUAAAUAAACGACACAUAUACACUCUUUUUAACAAUAGAAAAUAAUUGAGGAAUAAGCUUUUCAAUGCUAAUGUCUCUUUAUUACUUAUUGUGUUUAACGACAUAAUAUGUAAUUUUUCAAAACAUUAUUUCUGUCGUAACAUUUACAUACAUAAGAAUACUUGUAACACUUAUUUCUAAUAACUACAAAAACAACACAUUAUGCUGAUUAUAGAUCGGGAGAUAUUGGAAGUAUUUAAUAUUUAAUUAAAUGAUUUUGAGAUAUGCAUGUAAUUAAAAAUAAGAUAGAUCAUUAGUACUAAAUGAGUAGGCAAUGUGUCCUCCUAGGUCUAAAUUCGUUAUGGUAACAAUAAGUUCAUAUUAUAACAUUAAAUUAGUUAUAGCAACCCUUUAAA